AUGUACCUUUCCAAAUCCAAAUCCAACCGCCUCAAUCUCUCGGAGGCCGGCACGAGGCUUGCUCAGAUUGCAUUGGCCCUGCUGGUAUGGGCCACCAUGUGCCUGCAAGCUAGCGACACCCCAUCUUCUCCCCGACCCGCAACUUCUUCACCACCAGUCGUCCAACCUGUCUCGUCUAGCCCGUCGCCGUCCAGCAGCCCAACAAGUGCCAGCAAGCCAGCAGCUUCCACUAGCCCAGCUUCCAGUGGUGGAGGCCCGACUUACAAGGCAUCGUUCACUCACUACGGUUCCGGCGACAGCUUUGGCUCGCCGAAUUGCAAUACCAAUACGGCCGCCUGCUUCUUCUAUACCUCUCCCGGCUUCAGCGCAGCCGUGUCUCAAAACCUCUACGGCGCAGGACCUGGCCAGGGUCAAGGUCCCGCUUGUGGCACAUGCUGGAAGCUGGUCGGGGAGACAGACUCGUCUGGUAACACCCUCAGCAAUGUCGGAACGAGCAUCGUGGUCAUGAUCAACAACCUCUGCCCGGCCGACGGCAACCCCCUGUGCGCCCAGAACGGUCUAUCAGGCACCAAUCAGUACGGGCCAACGUCAACUUUGAUCUCUGCAGCGACAGCGGUGCCUCCGAGGCGUUCUUUGGGAAUAGUGGCGUCGGUCUUGCCGUUGGUACGGCCACGCAGGUUGAUUGUUCAGAGUGGUCUGGAACUGUCGUCCAUUAGACGAGCAGGCCCAGAUGCUAUACCGAGUGUGCCGCCGACUUCUGUUUACGAUUUUAUUCCAGCUAAGCCUCAGGGUUGA